GCGAGGUCUGCGGAAGCGGGCGCCGCGCGGCGCCGGCCGGGCCCGAAGAUGCUGCGCGCCCGUGGGCUCAGCGCGCUGGCUGCACGGAGCGGCCGCGCGGCGCCCGUCUGGGCUCCCGCAGUCCCCGGCCUGGGGCCGGGUGACCGCCUGGCCGGCUGGGAGAAUGUGUGUGUGUCCCGGGCCCAGACGGAUUGGAAUCCCAGUCAGAACAUCCACCCUGCCACUGUUCUCCGAUGCCAUGCCAGCACCAACUCAACUGUUCUUCCCUCUCCUCCGUAACUGUGAGCUGAGCAGAAUCUACGGCACUGCGUGUUACUGCCACCAUAAGCAUCUCUGCUGUUCCCCACCGUGCGUUCCUCAGAAUCGCCUGAGGUACACGCCCCAUCCAGCAUAUGCUACCUUCUGUAGGCCGAGAGAGAGCUGGUGGCAGUACACUCAAGGAAGGAGAUACGCCUCAACACCUCAGAAAUUUUACCUCACACCUCCACAAGUCAACAGCAUCCUGAAAGCCAAUGAAUACAGUUUCAAAGUUCCAGAAUUUGAUGGCAAAAAUGUCAGUUCCGUUCUUGGAUUUGACAGCAAUCAGCUGCCUGCAAAUGCACCCAUUGAAGACCGGAGAAGUGCAGCCACCUGCUUGCAGACCAGAGGGAUGCUUUUGGGAGUCUUUGAUGGUCAUGCGGGCUGUGCUUGUUCCCAGGCAGUCAGUGAAAGACUCUUCUAUUACAUCGCUGUUUCCUUGUUACCCCACGAGACUUUGCUGGAGAUUGAAAAUGCAGUGGAGAGUGGCCGGGCCCUGCUGCCCAUCCUCCAGUGGCAUAAGCACCCCAAUGACUACUUCAGCAAGGAGGCGUCCAAACUGUAUUUCAACAGCUUGAGGACUUACUGGCAAGAGCUUAUAGACCUCAACACUGGAGACUCGGCUGAUAUCGAUGUUAAAGAGGCUUUAAUUAAUGCUUUCAAGAGACUUGAUAAUGAUAUCUCAUUGGAGGCUCAAGUUGGUGAUCCUAAUUCUUUCCUCAAUUACCUGGUGCUUCGGGUGGCAUUUUCUGGGGCUACUGCUUGUGUGGCCCAUGUAGAUGGUGUUGACCUCCACGUGGCUAACACUGGAGACAGUAGAGCCAUGCUUGGUGUGCAGGAGGAAGAUGGCUCGUGGUCUGCGGUCACGCUGUCCAAUGACCACAAUGCCCAGAAUGAAAGAGAGUUAGAGCGCCUGAAGCUGGAGCACCCGAAGAACGAGGCCAAGAGCGUGGUGAAGCAGGACCGCCUGCUUGGCCUGCUGAUGCCUUUCAGGGCUUUUGGAGACGUGAAGUUCAAGUGGAGCAUUGACCUUCAGAAGAGAGUGAUAGAGUCUGGCCCAGACCAGCUGAAUGACAAUGAGUAUACCAAGUUUAUCCCUCCCAACUAUCAUACACCUCCUUAUCUCACCGCUGAGCCAGAGGUCACUUACCACCGCUUAAGGCCGCAGGAUAAAUUCCUGGUGUUGGCAACCGAUGGGCUGUGGGAGACCAUGCAUAGACAGGAUGUGGUUAGGAUUGUGGGCGAGUACUUAACUGGAAUGCAUCACCAACAGCCAAUAGCUGUUGGGGGGUACAAGGUGACUCUGGGACAGAUGCAUGGCCUGCUAACCGAAAGGAGAGCAAAAAUGUCAUCGGUCUUCGAGGAUCAGAAUGCAGCAACCCAUCUCAUUCGCCAUGCCGUGGGCAACAAUGAGUUUGGAGCCGUCGACCAUGAGCGACUCUCUAAGAUGCUUAGUCUUCCAGAGGAACUUGCUCGGAUGUAUAGAGAUGACAUCACAAUCAUUGUAGUUCAGUUCAAUUCUCACGUCGUCGGAGCGUAUCAGAACCAGGAGCACUGAGUCCUGGUACCCUGUAGUUCUCCAGUGCGGAGGGCAGACAGACUUGGGAAAGAACCAAUAAGCUAUUCCAGCCAGCCAUCCUGACACUUCACCCCUGCUUCUCUGUAGCUAGUCCAGUGCUCCAGCCUGACCGCAGCACAUAGCAUCACGAGUGUCUCUCCUGCCCUGUUGGCCCUCAGGCUAUGAAGAAUGGCAGAUAAUACCUUGAGUAGAUCAAAAGCAAGGAUCUUUCUGGGAGUAUAUUAGUAAAGGCAAAAAAUGCCGUCCCUAUCUGCAAACUAAGCAUCAUAAAGAUUCUAAUGUACAUGAGAGUAUUUACUACAUGAUUUAAAAAAAAUAGUCCAUGUAUUAUCACAUUUAUUUUAGCCUGAAGUAUUUUUCAGGUCCAGUACUUUAAGCCAUAAAUGACCAUGAACCUGAAAUCUGAGUUUGUAAGCUUUUGUGAUUGUGCAUAGAAUAGGUUUCCCAAUGGAAAGAGCUCUCAACCACCCUUCUUUCCUGACCCAUGGUAUCCUCGGUGUAACUGGGAUACUUUGUUUUGCUACACAGAAAAGACAAUAAAGGUUCUUAGUUUUAUUUAUCCUUCUAGUGAAUGUUAACUAAAGGGAAAAUGUGUUUUUUCAGUUUGUAUUCAUGAAAAGCUUUAUUUAGUCUGUAAUAAAGAUACCCAGAAUGAAAAGAGA